UAGUCUGGGUCUCAGCUGCCGGGUUCGGAAGUGACAGUGUGCCGGUACCGCUGGGCCCCUAUACGCACUCACAUCUGCUCAAUUAGUCUGUUUGUUGGUGAUUAUGGGACCUGCUAUACCCAAGAUUGUGCAUUUCUUUGGGCUCUUCAUUCUCUGCUCCAUGUUUGAAGGAUCUCUUUCGGCCCAGUUUAAGGUUUCUUCAACAAUAUCAGUUGUUGCUGCACUUGGAUCAGAUGUGCUGUUACCUUGUCGCCUUAUUCCUGAGAUGAACGCAGAGAAGAUGGAAAUCCGUUGGUUUAAGCCUAGGUACCGGCCCUAUGUCCAUCUUUAUAUUAAUGGGAAAGAUGAUUACUCAAUACAGAUGCCACAGUUUGCUAACAGAACAGAACUGCUAAAAGAGAACAUCACUAGGGGAAUUUUCCCUUUGAAGAUCCGUAACGUCACAGCUCAGGAUUCUGGGGAAUAUUAUUGUCUUGUUGAGUCCAGUGACCAUCACGGCAGAACAACAGUACAACUACAGGUUACUGCUGUGGGAAGUCUCCCUGUAAUUUCCCCCAACACAUAUACAAGUAAUGACACUGCCUUUUGUGAGUCCUGUGGCUGGCUUCCAGAACCUUCCCUCAUAUGGACUGAUACCCAGGGGAACCGAGUCAUCCCAUCAAAGGAAAAAGUGUACAGAGAUGAGAAGAGUUUGUAUUGUAUCUUUAGUAUUAUCAGUCUACCAGAUUCUUCUAAUAUCACUUGCACUGUAUUGAAUUCAGUAAAUCAAAGCAAAUAUCACUCCAAACAGAUCAGAGAAACAGGACUUCCAGUAACAUGCCGGGAUCAGUACAGUCGCUACAUUGUAUUCUGGCCUUGUCUGGCUGCUUUGAUUGUUAGUUUUGGGUAUAUAUACCAUCAAAGCAAGGAACUCAAACGACUCCUGGCGGCACCGGAUAACUGCAAACAGAAUGCGCGCCACAGCGAGGAAGCCCCAGUGAAUGGAAUAUGUGCUGCAGGAUACACCCCUAAUGGCUGUACCCCAUCUGAUCAUGGGACUCAUGGCAAUGUUCCCUCAGCCCCAGUGAAUGGAAUAUGUGCUGCAGGGUACGUCCCUAUUGGCUCUACCUCAUCUGAUCAUGGAACUCAAGGGAAAAAAUCUGCAGAUCACUCACAAAGUACUGUACAGGUAUAAGGGCAAAACCAAUGGUAGCUGUUACAUGGGAAAUGCAUCCGUUUUGCUCUAUAAAUCUUUGAACUUUUCCCCAUUGCAUCCACCUAAGAUUAAAGGGAUUUGUGUGUUAGAGGUGGCACAAUAUCAUAUUCCCCCUAUUUUUAAUUUUUUUUUAAAUAAAAUAUGGACCAGCUUUGGAUGGGGGUGGGGGGCACAGCCUAUGCACACUGAGCCAGAGGGGCUUAUCAGACCCCACCAUUGCAGCUACUUUUUGCUCUUUAGUGUCAAGGGGAACUAUCAGUUACCCCCAGGGGUUCCCCGGGACCCCACAGGUUGCAGUGGGCCAUUGCCUGAGUAAGCCCAUGAAUUCACCUUAAUCCCUGACCAGUUAAGAGAUGGGAAGUUAACCUGCUAGAAAUGUUCCCAGUGACCCAAACCUGCUCAUAGCCCACAGUAGGGCUUCUAAUCAGCUGCCCCUACUUUUGUUGUGUUGGGUAAUAAACAAGAAAAAACCUUUCCAAGGGGGACAACCCCAAGGAAAAAAAUGUAUAGAAUUGUCACCACCCCCAGAGUACUACAUAUCACUUCACUGCCUACUAUUGUUGUGAGGAGCUAAGCUUGCCAUGCAGGGACUGAAUCAGCAGCAUAUUGGCCUGUAUAUGGGGCCUGUCCAGCCAAUAUCUGGUUGAAAUCAGUCAGAGCAGGUUUAAACAUUCUGUCAGGGCAAGGACUCCAUCAGCUCCUGGAUGUGCCCUCACAGCAAAUGAAUCAGCCCCAUGUUACCCAGCUCAGAGUGGGAAUAUUGGGGAAAGAGACGCUCGUUCGGCUCUUUAUAUGUACGCGCAGCUUUAGAUUUAAACCUGACAUCUCUAAUAAAUGUUCAGUAAAUACUGCCCAGACCUGCACUUUAGUCUAAUUAAUUGAGCCCUUGUGCUUUUGGCUUCUGUCAGUCCAACUCUACCCCUGCCCUUUAGCAGAGAAGCUCUGUGCCCCCAAAGAUGCCCCAGUAGCCCCCCAUUUCCUUUUCUGCUGAUUCCCUGCCCAUACUCUGUGCUGCUGGCACUUACCUGAGCUUAAAGAGACAGUUCUGACUGGUGGGUGAGACGGCGCUAGCAGGACUGACAUCAGGGGAAGCUCCUCCCAGGGGCAGGGCUUCUGCCAAAGGUGCUGAGUUUGUGUGGGUCAGGGUUAUUAUUACUGCUAUUAUCAUGUUAAAGCGCCAACAUAUUUCACAGUCUUGUCACGUUGGCACUGGAGUAGCUGUAAGACGAUGCAGGCAUAAUUUUUUUUUUUUAAAUAAUGUUUUUUAAAACUGUGUACAUGUAUUUUCUUACACCAAACAAAAUGUAUUGUUUUUGUGCAAAAUGGAUUAUUCCUUUGCAUUCCUGCCUUAUUGUUGUAGACAAUACUGAGUGCACUUAUUUUUAUUUGUUAAUUUUAAUUUUUAUUUCUUUUAUGUACUUAUUUUUUUAUUAUAA